AUGAUUAUCUGUUGUGAAACAAAUCAGCACGCGCAUGACAAUCACGACCAGACCAUUCCUCCAUUGGGUGAUCUCGCCGUAUCUCAGCUCAGCGAUGAGGAUGUCGGUGACGAGCAUGUUUUGAACGGAGCCGGAAGUGGACUGGCAGUAAAGAAUAAUACACCUUCAGAAAUCGAAAAACCUGACUCUCAAUGGUCUGAACGGACGGAUCAUAUUGCUCAGGUGGAUGAAGAUGGAAAGCCUCUAACUUCCCUACCGAUUACAUCAAAAGCCGGUGAUUUGAAUAUGCAGGUUAAUUUGGCUGAUCCUCCGCAAGGUAAUUCAGCUCAAACCACCGCAGCUGAUGUUAUUCCCACGGACCCAAUCGCUGCCACAAUUAUGGGGGUGGCACCAGAAAAGGAAAACUGUUAUGCGAUUUUGUCUAGCGUGGAUAGUUCACAUCCUGAAGAAACGAAAGUUCCCAACGUCGAGUCAACUCCCACCGUGAGCAACUCAGGUAACAAGAAAAAUUUAAAAUUGUUGGGUGAGGAUGAGGAAAACAAAGAUUCCCCAGUAGUUCCUAUGUCUCCUGAUGAUUUUGUCACUAAUAAAUCAAAGAAGAAGCAUUCGCAUGUCACCGCCAUCAAACUGCCUGAGGUGAGUGAAGUCCAAAGCGCCGUAAAACAAGCAAUCAUCAUCAAAUCCCCAACACCAGCGCAGAACCGUACUAAAUGUGAUGAAGAUUCGGACAGCACACCAAACACUGAUUUAUUAGAAGAUGGUAUCUAUCGAUCUCAUGAAACCCAAUCUCAAUUCAAUCAUACAUUGCCAAUUUUGGUCCAUCGACGCAUCUCCCGUUUUAUACGCACUCGAGAUACCGGAACGCUAGUCCUAACGGAGAAGUUGGACGCACAAACAUCUAUGUAUGUGUGUGCUGAAGGCAGUCAGAGCGAUUCGCAAAAUAUCAUUCCCGAAAUAGCCGAUUUGUCUACAAUAUCUGACACGGGUACCUCAGUCAGCUUACUUACAUCAGCCGAAAAUCCCCAACAAAAAAGUACGGCCACUUCAGAAAGACGUCCAUCUAAAAUGGAGAAGGCGUUACAGUUGUCCAAAUGCAUACCACUGCCGGCCGUGAAAUAUGAUGGAGGAGGAUCCAAAACUAAAUAUGAGGAGGAUAUGACUACCUUGGUGUCUUCAACCAAUACUGAAACCGAAAGUGACACUGUUCUGAUUGACAAUAAAGCGUCCAAGGAAUCACGUGAACACUUCGAACUGUGUCGUCACGCAGCGCCAUUAGUGGAAAAGAUUAGUUCCUACACGGAACACAGCACAGCGUGUCAAAUCUUGCUGCAGCCCGAGAAAGACUCGGAGGAGCCGCUGUCCAAAUUCAGUGUGGUUGGUGUUCAAACUGAAACCGUAAUUAUUGUGGACGAUGAAAGUUACUCUACUGACGGUCCGUACAACGUGGACAAGGAGAGAGAAAGUAUACUUCGUACACCCAGUCUAGCUGACGGAAAACAAAACCGAUCCAGUAUUGUGGAAGGUUUGUUGGGUGAGGAACCAACCACCGCGCCGAUUGUCCCGUCCACAGUACAGCCAACAACUCAAAACGCUUCGCUUAGAGGAGGAGGAUCACGAAAAAACAGUGUGGCACGUGCACAAAAAUUGGAAGAACCAAAUCAAUACGAGUCCACGGCCCAGGUCUCUAUUAAUCCGAAUGAGGACACCAAAUACUCCGCUCAAGUCGAAUUGAACGUGGAACUCGAACAAACCUCCGAGAACCCGGAAGAAAGCACAUUUGAUCGGACAAUACAAGAGGAUACCAUCAAACCUAAAACCGAGGAAAUAGACCGUUGUUCGAUGGAGCUAACAGACUUUUUGCAAGUGGUCCAAUCAGCUGAUGAUUUUGAAGUCCUCGGAGACGAGUCAUCAGUGACUGAGAAACCAGACAUACCACAAUUAAAAGCCGGAGUGAAAGAACCCACUUCAUCCGACUAUAUUAGGACAAACGGGGAUGGGAACGUAAGCGGUAAUUUGGUUGAACAAAGACGGCGAUCCAGUGAGAAAGAAAAACUUCCAAAUACAAAUAACUCGAACGAAGAAACGAAAGACGCAAAGGACGGGAAUGGUAUACCUGAUCAGAAUAGCACAUCAUUAAAUGACUCAAAACCGGAAACCACAGAAGAGUAA